CCCGACACAAACAUUUCUCUCAGGCUCUCCGGUCUGCGCUCUUCUCCUUCACCCCAACCGCCUGCUGCUCAGUCGUCUUUGGAUCCGAAUAAUGUCACAAUACAUCGGGAGUAGCAUCUCCCUGUUUUCAAACAGCGAUAUCCGCUACGUCGGUAUCCUGCACGAAAUCAACUCUGAUGAAUCGACUCUCACUCUGAAAAAUGUCAGAUCGAAGGGAACCGAAGGACGACGGGGCAACCCUGCCGAAGAGAUCCCUCCGUCGGAUCAUCUUUACGAAUUCAUCUGCUUCCGCGGAUCAGAGGUCAAAGAUCUCGUGAUUGAGGACGAGGAGACUCCUGCUCCUGCUCCUGCUGCUCCUGCUGCUGCUCCUCAGACCACCGCAUCCAUUCCGGAUCCGACAAUGUUGCCUAACAUCCCACCAGGAUUCCAGCCUCCUCCAGGAUACCAGCAAUUUAUGCCUCCGUACGGCUACCCCCAGCAGCCGUACAUGCCGUACCCCCCACAAUUUAACCCCGCGAUGGGUAUGCCUCCACUUGAUAUGAGCCAGCCGCCGAUGCCAAUGGGAGGUCCCUUCCAGCCCGCGAGACAGCCGGUUGGUCCGCCAGCCACGCAAUCGCAGCAACCUCCUGCUCAAUCUCCUGCUGCCGCCCCCGCUGCUGCUGCCGCGCCUGGGUCGGCCGCCCCUGGUGGCAAGGUUCAGGUUGUGCCAGCAGUUCCAGUGCCGAAGGCGCCCAAGAAACCCGCUGCGCCCGCUAAUGCGGCCGAGGGACUUGCGCAGCAGCUUUCGCAGACUGCAUUAGACGAUCGUGCUCCUGCCGAGACCGCAAAGGAGACGGUCGAGAGCACUGCUGCACCCGCGGCCUCGCAGCCGCCCCGACCGGCGCCGUCAGGAUACGCUGCUGCGGUGGCGCAGAACAUUCCUACCGGGCCGCGAGCGGCAGUGAACAAGCCUGGUCCUAGAUACCCGCGCGCGAACGGUUCGGUGGUUGCCCCGCGCGGCCCCGAGGUUCCUGCGUCGGACUUUGAUUUCCAGGAGAACAACGCGAAGUUUCAAAAGGAGGCGAUUGCGAAGGAAGUUUCGGUUGAGGACGAAGCCGAGGAGACCGCUGGCGGAUCAGAGAACGGCGCGCCAGAGCAGUUUUACAACAAGGCCAGCUCGUUCUUUGAUAACAUCUCGAGCGCGACGAAGGCGACUGAUUCAGUUGAUGGCCGGAUGGUCAGGCAAGAGGAGCGGAAGCUGAAUCUCGAGACGUUCGGACAGGCUAGUAUCGACAACGGACGAUUCCGCGGGCGCGGAAGAGGACGGGGUAGAGGAUUCGGGUAUGGUCGUGGACGCGGCGGAUACGGCCGUGGAGGGUACAACCGACAGCCUCAGCAGCAGCAGCAGGCGUAGGUUGCGAAUGAAGCUGUUGAAGAAGAAGAAGAAGAAAGAGAUGUGUAUUUUGGAAAUCACCAGUUCGUUUCCAAAAAAAAUAGUUACUUCUAUGCUCUCAACUUUUUCAAAAAAAAUGCACACGUCCAAAUGAACCUGCUACUCUCUACUUUUAUCGCUGUCCGUUUUCACGACUUUAUUCUCUUUUUUCUUGUUUGAUUAUGCCCCUCUCCCUCUUCCCCGUCGCUUUUUUACCUUUUGUAUUAUUUAGAACUUUUGCUUUUUUGUGUGUGUGUGUGUGUGUGUGUGUUUGUGUUUCUUUACUUCCCAGUUUUCAAAUUUUGUAAUUAUAACGGUAUAAGAAUG